AACACAUGAGCCGACAGAGGGCAGGCAGCCGUCGGAGACGCUCCCUAAAAUCCAGUGGUCUUCUUUUACAUAUGAACAGUUUUUAAGUUCAACCCAACACGUAACGUUAAUUUUAGAAGAUGAUAAAAGACUGAAUUCAGAGGAGAAACAACCUCUCGCAGAGAAACUAGGAUUUCUAAUGACAUGGACUGUGGGGAUGAGGAACAAGGGACAAGGGAUCCCGUCGAUAUGGAGACCGAGACAGAAGGCGAUGACUCUGAAACCAGAUGGAGUGAAGAUCUCAGGCUCGUUCUCAUCGGAAGGACCGGAAGUGGCAAGAGUGCAUCUGGAAACACCAUCCUGGGCCGGAGGCAGUUCCUUUCACACAUCAGUGCCAGCUCCGUCACCCAGAUUUGUGAGCUUGGGAGCACUGAGCUCACUGAGGAAGAGGAUGCUGAGGAGAAAGGCCAGGCUGUCACACAGAGGAGGAUGAGGAGGGUCACAGUGGUUGACAUGCCAGGUUUUGGGGACACCCAGCUCAGUGUGGAGCAGAUUCAUGCAGAGGUAGCUAAAUGUGUGUCUCUCACCUCCCCUGGCCCACAUGCUUUCCUCCUGGUAGUACCAGUAGGACGAUACACAGACAGUGAGAGCCAGGCUGUGUGUGAGCUGACCAGGAUCUUUGGGGAGGACGCACUCCGUCACCACACACUGGUUCUUUUUACCAGAGGUGAUGACCUGGAGGGCAUAGGGAUUGAAGAGUAUCUGAGGAAGACUGCACCUGCUGGGCUUAAGGCUUUGAUUGACAGGUGUGGGGGCAGGUACCAUGUUCUGAACAACAGAGACCCCGGUAACUCGGUGCAAAUUAAGGAACUCUUGAUUAAGGUGGACACAAUGGUGAAGCAGACUAACAGAGGAUUUUAUACCAAUGGCAUGUUUUUAGAGGCAGAGGCUGCAAUCAGGGAGGAGCAGAACAGGAUGCUGAGGGAGCGAGAGGAAGCAGAUGGGGAAGAACAAGAGGGAAAUAAUGUCAGCGUGGAGGAACAGACUAAACUGGCAAAGCAAAGAAAAUGUGACUUAGAGUCUGACAUGGCAGGAAGCAGAGAAAGAGGCUCAGCAGGGCUCAGCAGGAGGGAACUGGAGAGAGCAACUGAACAGGAUUUUAGGAUGGAGAGAUGGACAGAGGGGGCUAGAGGCAAUGUUUACUGUUUCCUGAGGGACAGAGUCGAACAGUGCAGGGACCAGUCCAGAGGCAGGCGCAGGGCCGGCAGCCGGCGACAGUCUCUUCGUUCAUCCUUGACUCUCAUGAGGAGGAGGGCUGCGCUCUCUGCUAAGGUGCUGGAGAGAGUUAAGAUCCUGGUGGCUGCUGGAGCAACAGGCGUGGCAGUCGGAGCGAUGUUUGGGGCCGCUGCCCCACUAGCAGCUGCAGCUGGGGCAUCUCUUGUGGGAAACUCGGUUGGUUUUGCUGCAGGUCAGCUAGCAGGGAUGUCAGCAGCGGGAGGCACGGGGGUUGGGAAAGCUGUGGGAGCCAUAGUGGCCGGGGGCUCC